CAGCGGUUUAGACAAUCAACGUGCCCAAACUGCAGCGCGUGCCUUCUGCGAAUCGGUUCUUUCGAACAGUUCGUUUCAAGAAACUGAUUUUAAACGAUAAUGUGGUCUCUGACAUACAUACCGGCGUGGCAUAUUACAAGCGUUAAACCGUUACAAUAAAGCUAUAUUAUGUUUUUCGAAUAAGUGUUGUUAACGAUAAUUCAAUUUGUCCAAGUUUAAUAAUUCAAUUCGUUAAAAGACAUUUCGGACCUAAAUACAAUAAGCAUUUACAUUAAGCAAUGCUAGUUAUAUGUUUUCACGUUUUGCACUAUAAUUAGUUCUAAUUCAUAAACAAGUAUUAAGUUGUAAACAUAUUUCCAGCACGUUUUAUUCCAGACAAAACCCUCAGAAAUGAUGUAACCGAUUCACUCUGAACAGUUCCGACAAUUGUUUCCCGAUUCAUUCAUCGCCAUUUGAGACACAACCACUGACCCUAGUAGUGAAGUCACAUCCUCCUCUAUAUAAACAAAAACACACACACACUGGUUUAUUCAAGCUAGACACACUACAGUUCCUCUUCCACCGAAUACAUCUAACAUCUGUCAGACCUUUUAUUGUAGUUUUCCCCUGCUAACGGGAAAAACAUGUCUCGGAAAUAAUCUAGCUCUGCUGUAUUUAGUGAUGUUGAAAUCUAAGCUGAUUGUUUUUCUUUCGUUUUACGGUGAACACUGAAUAUUUUAUUUUUGCCCGUGUCCUUACAUCGAGGUGUCUCGUGAUUCGCUGCUGCUUAUGUAUUUAUUCAUCAAGUAGUCUUUAACUGUAGUAUUAUUAGGAGUUUUCACUGGACGUCAGUGUGGAUUGCUAACUGAACCAUUAGCCACCCAGUUACAGUAUUCAUCUGUCAGUAAAGUCGCCCUGAAGUCCCGUCAACUGAUACACAGUGUCUUUUUCUACAAACCAAAAUCAUCAUGACUGCCAUGCGAGUGGACGCUAAGGUGGUCAUGCUGGGCAAGGAGAGUGUGGGUAAAACCAGCCUGGUGGAGAGAUACGUACAUCGCCGCUUUCUUGUUGGACCGUAUCAAAAUACUAUAGGGGCUGCGUUUGUUGCAAAAGCCCUCAAUGUCGGUGACAAAGUGGUUACACUGGGAAUAUGGGACACGGCUGGGUCUGAACGUUACGAGGCCAUGAGCAGAAUCUAUUACAGAGGAGCCCGCGCUGCCAUCGUCUGCUAUGAUCUGACUGACAGCAGCAGUUUUAAACGGGUCAGGUUCUGGGUGAAGGAGUUACAGAACUGUGAAGAGCACUGUAAGAUAUAUCUGUGCGGGACCAAGAGUGACCUCAUCGAAGCCGACCGGAGCGUGCGGCAAGUGGACUACCACGAUGUUCAGGACUUUGCAGAUGAAAUAGGUGCUCAACAUUUCGAGACCUCCAGCAAAACAGGGAAAAAUGUUGAUGAGGUGUUUCAGAAGGUGGCGGAUGAUUUCAGUAACUGUGCUUUAGAGUUCAUGCAAGAAGAGAAGGGGGUGAAUCUGGAGCAAAAGAAGGACUCUUAUUUUGACAACUGCUGCCAUAACUGACCUAUCGCAGGACAAACUGCUGUAUCAUGUGAUCUAUUCUGGGCUGACUGGAGGCUCAAGCACCCGCUGGAGUGUUUUGCUUUUUCUUUUUUCUUGUUUGCUGUGCAGUGUGUUGAGAUUGGGCUUUUUGAAACGAUGAAGACUUUUCUUGUGUUCAAGCAAUGAACGAUUUUUUUCUUUGUGGACCUGAGAAUAGUGACUGAAGCAAAUAUCAACAGUGCAUGGCAAUCCAUUUUACCAAAAAAAAGAAGACACCAAGGAUGCCGUCGCAUGGAGAUGAUCGUUGCCAAUUUUCACAAACUCUGCCUUGAGUGAUUCAUCACUUUUUAUCAUUUAAAGUGUCUCCAUUUUAGAGGAUCGUAACGUUUACACCCUUCAUUUGUCACGCUGCACUGAUUUAUGAACCGUUUUGUUGAAGCUAUUUGCAAAUUGCAGUUUUCACAGAUCUGAAACCAGUUCAAACAGUUUCUCACGAUCAUUGGGUGGAAAAUCACAGUUCCCAUUAUUAUAUUCUUGGAUCAUAAAGUAAAGUCUAAUAACCAUAACUAUGGUCACUUGGACAUUAUCAUUUCAUGGUGAAUUUGAUAUCUGGAAAUAUUACUAUCCCAAAGUUUCCUGUAUCCUGUUGGCCAUUAUUUGCAGAUUUAAUAGAUCUAUUUGAUGAAUGUGAUGUUAAUGUUUACAGUUAUUUCUAUUAUUAUUUAAUUUGACUUCAAUGCAGUUUGGGUAAGAUAUUGUAAACUGUUGUGGACAUGUUCUCAGUUCACUCUCAGUUGUUGUGAAUGUAUUAAAUACUGUUUGUUCAGAGGCCAAACAAAAACUGGAGAGAUCCUGAUAUUGUGCCAUUUUCACUGGACAUCCUUCAGGAAAGAAGGACCUAAUAUUUACAUUUUACUGCGAGAUUACGUGAAGAAUUGUCACUAAAGCAUGUGAUCUUAAACACCUCAUGCAUAUACGGACCAUUUUACCAAUAUGUACCAAAAUAGUACAAACUGUGCAGCGCAAGUCAAACCAUCUGAUAUUAUAAUAAAAUAUCAAGUGUGCGGUCAGCA